UUAGGUAAGGUCAUAAAUAUUCAAUUCACAAUAUCAUCGGGUUUCGGUCUUAUACUCUUAUCACGGAACUAUGCCCUUAUCUAUAUUCUAUGAGGCGACAAGAUUAUAGUGCACCGUGCACGUCGCACAAUAACAAUUUUAUAAUACAUCUUUAAAAUUUAAAUUUCUCAGUAUUGCUUGAACUUGACUAAUUCAUUUAUUCAAUUAUUAUACAAAGUGCCAUUUUAGUAUAGUGGAUGCUAAUUAAAAACCUUAUAGUUGUAAAUAUUUACUUUUAUUGUAAUAUUUCCAUUAGUGUAGAAAACUUAGGAGUGAUCGCGAAAGGAUAAAAAAUGAAAAAAUUAACGCAAUGGGUUGUUGGUGUAAAUAUACUAUCUAUAUUAUGGUUAAGUCUUCUUUUUCAUCAGUACGAUAAUAAAAUUUCCAAGGAACGUUUCAUGGUCAUACAAUUUCUACCAAUUAUUUUAUUGAUUUGUUUUGGUGUGUUUGCAUUGGCAGUUAUAUUAUAUCGAGUGGCUACUUUCAAUGAUUGUAAAUCGGCUGCAGAGGAAUUACAGGCGGAAAUAAAAGAAGCAAGAACAGCCCUAAGAAAAAAAGGAUUCAAAUUCGAUUAAUUAUUUAUUUGUAUAUAUAUAUAUAUUUACUUGCAACAACGAAGAUAACAUUCCACAUAAACAAUGUUUAUGGCUAAAAUGUAAUUUUACAUACAUUAUUUCAGUCUCUGAAAUAAAAAUUUCUUUUUUGUAAAUACAUAAACAUACAUUAAAUAUUAAAUAAUAAAAAAAAAUAAAUUAUUAUAUGAUUAAUA